UAAUUGCCAUAGCAACGGGUCGCGCGUCCCGGAAGUGUCGGCUGAGGCCGGGCAGUGUGUGGCGGGCGCUUGCGGCGUCCAGGGGGCGUGAUGCUGGGCCAGUGGAGCCGGCGCCCCCGGGAGGUGACGGGCCCCACCCCGCACUCGGUGGCGCUGAGGGCCAAGUUUCCUAAACCUGAUAAAGCUCAGUGUGCCAUCUUGCAAUGCAGACGUAAAGAAAAAGAACGUCUUGAAUACGUGGCUAUUACAAAGGUUCACAACAGAGGUCUCCAGAUUGGUCAGUGGGAGAAUAACAAUGAACACAGAAGGCUUCACAGUAUUGUACAGCAGAAGGUCAAUCAGACAAUGCAGGAGUACCUAGCAGGAACUGAGGACAGAAGAGAGAGGCUUCGGGCACUUCUGGAAGCAGAAGAAAAGAGCUAUUUCACCGAGAUGGAGUCAAUGGAAGAAACCACACUGGAAAGAGAAGCAAAAAUGAGAGAGCGAGCAAAAAUGCUGAGAGAGAAGAGAGAGGAAGAAAGACAAAAAUUGGUUGCACUAAAGCGAGAGCAACAGUUCAGAGAACAGUGUGCAGAGGUUCGUUUACAGUGGAGUCAGAGACAUCAGGAGGAGGUGUGUUCAGACAGACUGGCCCAACUGGCCCUUAAAGAAGAAUUGAAGAAGCAAGAGGAGAGGGAGGAACAGAUAUUUGCAGAGCUUUGGGAACAGGACCGAUUGGCCAAGGAAAAACGAGGCAUAGAGGACUUUCAGAGAAAAUCUGAACAGAAUCAGGAAAUGGUGAAUGUGCUGAAUGCCCAGAUAGCUGCACUGGAUGCUCAAAAAGAGGAGGCAAAGCGACUGAAAGAAGAAGAGGCUCAAUUAUUGGAAGAGGAAAAAAAGCUGUUAAAACUAGAAGAUGAGCGAGUUCAGAUGGAGAAAUUGCAGAAACAGAAGAAACACAGGGACAUAUUGGUCAACUCUGCUCAGGCAAAGAUGAAGCGUCUUAAUCGGGAAAAACAAGAGGAACUUGCUCUAGACAUGAAGAUCUUAGAACGACUUUUGCAUGAAUCCCAGGAAGACACAGAAGGGAAAAAGCAAAGAAAACAAGAACUGUUCAAGGAGCAGCAGAUGUAUCGGGAAUACCUGGCUCAACAACUGGAAGAGGAGAAGCGCAGAGAGAAAGAAAUGGACAAGUUGUUGGAGGAAGAAAUGGAGAAGUCUUGGGCCAAAAAGGCUGAGCAAAUGAGACUAGAAAAGGAAGCUAGGAAACGGCUGAUGAAAGACGUCCUGGAUACAAGACGACUGCAGAUUGAGGAGAAGUUGGAGAGAAAUGCAAAGCAGCAGGAAGAACUUGUUCAGGACAAGGAAUUAUUAGCUGAAGCCAUUAAGGAGCUCGAUUGUAUAGAAGAAGAAAAAUAUUUAAGACGAAUGAAGGAGGCAAAGGAAUAUCGGGAGCAGCUGCAGGCUCAGAUUACCCAUCAGCAGCAGGUCCAUAUUGCUGAGGAAGAAGAAAAGCAGCGAGAAUAUGAAUCAGGGCUAGCAGCAGAGAGGCUUUACCAGGCAAAGAUGAAAGACAUUCUGUCAAGACCUUACAUGAAAUUAACAGAAAUCCAUCCCUUGAGAAGAAAACUAAUGUCUAAUCCACAAGUAUAGUAUUUACUUGUCCUAUUGUGAUGCAUACAGCACACUUCAGCUCCCUUUAGACUUCAGUGUAUAUGAUUUUUUUAUUUUUCAUACUAAUUAAUAUAUUUUCUUCGACUUUUCCUCUUGUUGUAUGCAAAUCAUUUUAACGAACUUGUAUAUGAAUAAAACACCUUUUCAAAGGGUUA